ACCCACAAAUUCUAGUUGCAACGGGUUCAAAACAAAAACAAGUGAAUUGAGGGUAGCUUUAUACAGUUUUUCUUGGAUUUGAGAAAACUUUCAAGCUUAAACAACAUAAAAUUUCAUUGCAAAUUCCUUACGCUGGAAAAUUGUUAAGAAAAUCUGCAAAUAAAGCAAAAGUGAAUUUCUUAGAUCCGUGUGAUUGUGCAAAAAGCCAGAGCUGUCAAAUGUAGUUAAUUUAUUUGUAAUUCUUUGUAAUUUUCAAAAGAUUUAAGAAAUCUUUUAAGAAUAUUAAAAAAAGCAAUUUAAAAAUGGAAGAAAGGAAUGAUUUAAUAGACAAGAAUGAACUCGCUUGGAAAUUGCUAGAGAGAGAGCUGGGAAGUCCUAUUCCUGGAUAUCUAAAAAUCCUACUCACACAAGAGUCUUUUACAUCUUUUGCAGUCCUUGGAGCAAUGCCCGUGGACAUUAAGGAAAAGCUAGAAAAUACAGCAAAGUCUGACUUUAUAGAUUUUGAUAAGGCACAGCAGCAGGAAUUGCUGAAAAAAUGCCGAAAUGGUGAUAUAAAUAAUUUUAAGUUGAGAGAAGGAGAUGUAAUUCUGCUCCGUCUGAUAAAAUCCACAAUAGUUGAUAAAGGUGUUCACUAUCUCAAUGAUCAAUUUCUCUGUGAGUACAAGAGGAGAAAGAGGAGUUUGCCAAAAGAAAAUCCAGGAGGAGAAGAGAAAAAUGCCGAUGUUGGCCCAAAACCGGAAAAAAGACAAUCCGUAGCUAUCGAUUCAAAUCCCGAUCUUGAUGAAUGGAGAAAGAAAAUUGUGAAAAUAACCAAUGUAUGGAUUGCCAAUUCUUUCAAUUGUCGAGACAAGGAUGCCUAUUUCAUUACGGAGAAGGAAGUUAAGAUUAACGUUACAGAAGUAUCAAUUGGAACGACAAUAAAAUGUCGCAUCUGUUAUCAUGACAUCAAAAUCCUCACGGAUGCCCAAGAAGGAAGAACCAUUAAAUUUAUUAUUUCCAACUUCUCAAGACACUGCAAAACCCAUGAAGUCUCUUGUAAACCACAGAAUCUUGAGAAUAAACAGGUUCAUUUUGACCCCCUACACCUGCAGCAAGACUACCGAGUCAUCAAAGAAGAAUCACCAGAAGACAUCAAUGAUGUCAAUUACUAAAAUGAAGUGUAUUAGAAAAGAUCGAAAAGUCAAGAGAAUUUUGGAAAAAAUCUGUACAAAACUUUCAAACAUGAAAAAAUCUAAUAAAUGACGAGAAUAAAA